CACACACCGGAUGAAGACCGGGUUUUCUCUGGAAAUUAAGAAGAAACUCAGGAACUGAAGUGACACAGAACCUCCACCUGUCUAUUGGGUUCUAAUUGAUUGUGGUUCUGCCUCUCGGUCCGGAGGAGGAAGCCGGAGUGACGGACGGAUUCACGGCCCAGAAAACAUGCUGCUGCUCGGUGCGUUCACGGUCCUGCUGCUCCUGACCACAGGGGUUUCUGCUGUCCCGUCGCCAAAAAGCGUGAACCUGAGCUGCAAAAAUCUCCACGUCUCAGUCAGCUGGGAGUACAGCGAACAGAAACCGCAAACCAGGUUCAGGGUUCACGUCGGAGGAUCUGCUGGGCAUCUCGUGAGCGAGACCGUGGAGCGUCUGUACGAUCUGAGCCCGUUCGUCUGGCAGUCUGAAGAGCGCUACAUGGGCUUCCAUUACGUCACCGUGACGGCCGUGGAGGGAGGAAACCAGUCUGAACCAAUAACAGCCAAAACAUUCAGCUUUAACUCUUUACAAACGCCUAAAAUAUAUUGUAAAUUGGAUUUCCCGCCUGUGGAUCUGAAUGAGAGUGAAAAGGGUGCCAAAGUGAGCUUCAUGAAUCCCCUCUCCUUCUACAGAGAACUGAAGAAAGCUGUCAAACCGGAUACUGCCACAUUUAAAUAUACUGUCUUUACAAAUGAUGGCGAAACUCAAGGAACUUGCACAGCACAAGACAACAUCUGCAGGCUUGAUGUCUCGUUCCCGGAGGGCUCGAAGAAGUGCGUGAAAAUGCUGAGAGGAUUGUUGUUCAGGGGGACCGGCGUUGGAGAAGUGCCGUUCACAGAAACGGGCCCAAUCUGUACCAGUAUAUUAACUGAGGACCUGACGCUACCGCUGACUAUAAUACUGUUAGUCUUCGCCAUCGUAAUCAUUGUGGCAAUAAUCAUCAUCUGUAAGAUCGAUCUGCCGCAAAACCACAAGGAUGGGGCCUUGAGGUACGCUCCUGUGUCCAACAAUGACUUCAGCCAGGUCACACUGCCCGACAGAACACACUGCAAGAACUCUUCGAUCUGCUCCGAGGAGGAGCAUCUCAAGGAAGGUGGGGCCAGCGACCAGUCUCCCGCCAGCUUGUAUGCAGAUCGAGGACUUUUAGAUGAAUACAGCAGGAUAGAGAAGGACUCCACGGACGACUCCACAGGCGACUCUGAGAAAACGGAGACGGUUUUGAUUGAUUUGGAAGAGGAGCCUCUCCAGGAAGGUGGGGCCAAACACCAGCCUCCCACCGGCUCGCAUGCGGAGGGAGAACUUUCAGGGGGAAACGGGAGAGACGACGACUCUGAGAAAACGGAGAUGGUUUUGAUUGAGGAGGAGUGCCACACCUCAUCACACCUCAUCACACCUCAUCACACCUCAUCACACAGUCAUCACUGUGUGACCCGUCUGCUGCUGGGCAACCUGCAGAACGGGCUCUGUCGGUGGUUUUCCUUUCCAAUGCAUCCAGAGGGUUAG